AUGCCAUCUUAUAAUACCCAUCCAUCAUCGAGGAUCAUGUCGCGAGUCUCUUCUUCCGGGCCCUUUGUACCAUUGACAUCCAAAUCUGCCAGCAGACGUCCCACGGCUCGGCCCACAGCAACGGCAACUAGCGUUGCAGGCCAGGACAUCAUAUGUGCUAUCAGCGAGUCUCGAGGUGUCUCAUCAACGGUGGGCUUGGCUUUCAUCAACUUGAAUACAGCUGAAGUUGUGCUUUGUCAGAUUUGUGACAGUCAGAUCUACGAAAAGACUGUCACCAAGAUCGGUGCCUUUGAGCCAAAUGAAAUCCUAUUCAUGAAUACCGCCAAGGAGUCCAAACUUUGCUAUAUUCUUCAAGAGAACUUGCCAGGUCCCAUUUUUACUUUCGCUGAUCGUAAAUACUGGUCGGACAAAACGGGUCACGAAUUUCUUGAUCGGUUGGCUUUCCGGGACGAGGUAGAUUCUCUCAAGGUGAUUCUCAAUAGCAACUACUUCGCCGCAUGUUGCUUUGCCGCGGCUCUUAAGUAUCUGGAGAUGGAUCUUGAGAGUGCCUUCGUCUCGCAUUCCCUCCGCAUCAAGUUUGAACCGUCACAGGGAUCUAUGACUAUUGACCUGGCGACUGUCGUAUCCCUCGAGCUGAUUCAAAAUCUCCACAAUUCUAAAUCCCGAGACAGUCUAUACGGAUUGCUGAAUCAGUGUCUUACUCCAAUGGGCGCCAGAAUGUUACGUGCAAGUGUCCUGCAACCAUCCACAGAACGAGUCAAGCUCACAGAGCGGUACAAUGCAGUCGAGGAUUUGACGACGAAGGAAGAUAUGUUUGUAUCUGUUCGACAAGCACUGAAAGGAUUCAUUGAUUCCGAUCGAAUUCUGACAUCGAUCAUCCUGGUGCCGACCAACUUGAAGCAAACUGUUCAGUACGUGGAAAAUUCAGUCAACAACGUGAUUAUGCUCAAGUCCUACGUUUCUUCGAUCAAAAAUAUACAUCAGGCAUUGGGGGCAGCACAGAGUGAUCUUCUGCUUGAAGUUCGCGAGUUAUGUUCUCCGUCAAAGCAUCGCGCGCUUGAACAGCUUAUGGCAGAAACCUUGAACGAGAGCGUGACAUACCAAAGCAAGCCGCUAGACCUUCGGAACCAGAGAACAUACUGUGUGAAAGCAGGCGUCAACAGUCUCCUCGACGUGGCCAGACAAACCUACAAGGAAGCAAAUGCAGAUGCAACGGAACUGGUGGAAAGAUUAGCAGGCAAGCGCUCCACUUACCUGUCGCAGCAUGCUAUUUCUGACAAAUCCCAAGAAACUUAUGACAUAACGCUUGAUCUCAAAUACGAUACGCCUCGCCAGUAUUAUAUCUGUAUCCAAAGUGACCACUUCGAAGCACUGCCCGAGGAAUUCAUCAACGUCUACCGCAAGAAAAACAGGACCGAAUGCCAAACGUUGGAUCUUGUGAAGCUCAACCAAAAGAUUACAGAUGCUCAUAAUGAAGUCAUCAUAAUGAGUGAUCAGAUAAUUCAGGAUCUCCUUCGUGAGGUUUGUACUGUGGUCGCAGAGCUGUUCCGAGUAAGCGAGGCUAUUGCCAUGUUAGACAUGGUGGCAGUGUUUGCCCAGUUGGCAACUAGCAACGACUACAUUCGCCCAGAAUUGACAGCCACGUUGGCCAUUAAAGCUGGACGGCAUCCAAUCCGAGAACGAAUACACUCCAGCAAGUUCAUUCCCAAUGAUGCAUAUGCAACACCCCAGACACGGUUUCAAAUCAUCACCGGUUGCAAUAUGAGCGGCAAAUCAACAUACAUCCGCUCACUAGCACUUAUGACUGUGAUGGCCCAGAUAGGUUGCUUUGUCCCAGCUCAAUACGCCUCAUUCCCGAUUGUCCACCAGCUCUUCGCGCGUGUCGCAACGAGCGACGACCUCGACGCCAAUGUUUCGACCUUCGCGGCGGAAAUGCGCGAGAUGGCUUUCAUCCUGCGCAAUAUCCAACCUCGGGGAAUGGUGCUCGUCGACGAAUUGGGCCGUGGAACAAGUACCACCGAUGGGCUUGCGAUUGCUAUUGCGCUUGCUGAAGCCCUUCUUGCGAGUCACACUCUAGUAUGGUUUGCGACCCAUUUCCACGAUUUGGCUCGCAUUCUUUCUGAGCGCAGCGGAGUCAUCAAUCUUCAUCUCGCGGCGAACAUCUCAGAAGAUGCAUCCAAAAUGACAAUGCUCUAUCAGAUAGCGAAAGGACCUGUCCCCGAUCGUCGGUAUGGCCUGGCCCUCGCAAAGCUAGUCGAUCUCCCACCCGCAAUCUUGCAAGUGGCAGAAAGUGUCUCUGAGACAUUGGAUCGGCUCGCCCGUCAACGAAACUGCACCUCACGUACAGUUGCCAUUGCUAAAAAGCGAAGGCUAUUACUUUCCUUGCGCGAACAGCUUGCGAUUGCUCGAAAUAGCACAAUGGACGACGACUCCCUGCGCCGCUGGAUGAUCAAGCUGCAAGAGGGCUUUUCCGAAAAAAAUGGCUGCUCUCGAACUGGGUAG